AUGGAAAUGCAUUCCAUCGUUUUCUCAUUAUUUUUCUUAUUUCUUUUUAUUCUUUCUUUCGUGAGAAUUUCAUGGUUUUCUCAUUACCGUCUUUCUUUAUUUCUUUCUUUCUUUUGUAAGAAUUCCAUGGUUUUCUCAUUAGCUUUUCUUUCUUUCUUUCUUUCUUUUUUCUUUCUUUUCUUUUCUUUCUUUCUUUCUUUCUUUCUUUCUUUCUUUCUUUCUUUCUUAAGCAUUCCAUGGUUUUCUCAUUUCUUUCUUUCUUUCUUUCUUUCUUUCUUUUGUAAGAAUUCCAUGGUUUUCUUAUUAGCUUUUCUUUCUUUCUUUCUUUCUUUCUUUCUUAAGCAUUCCAUGGUUUUCUCAUUUCUUUCUUUCUUCCUUUUUUCUUUCUUUUGUAAGAAUUCCAUGCUUUUUUUUCUUUCUUUCUUAAGCAUUACAUGGUUUUCUAAUUUCUUUCUUUCUCUCUUUCUUUCUUUCUUUCUUUCUUUCUUAUUUUUAUUUCUUUCUUUCUUAAGCUUUCAAAGGCGUUAUUUCGGGGGGUUGCUUUCUGAUUGUGGGCUGCGUUCUGCUGCUGCUGAUGAUCCACUUGUCAUCAGCCUAAUCGCACAAAUUGAAAACAACCACAUCGAAUUUCAUUCCUUAUUUUUCAAUGAUUUGUCACCGAGUCGCGCACGCACAUUGAUGCAAGCCACGGGCGAUACACCAAUAUCUUCCUCGCUUGAUAAAAAUAGCAAAGAUAAAAAAUUUGAAGUAUCUAUCUAUCUCUCUAUCUAUCUCUCUAUCUAUCUAUCUAUCUAUCUAUCUCUCUCUCUCUAUCUAUCUAUCUAUCUAUCUCUCUCUCUAUCUCUCUCUCUCUCUAUCUAUCUAUCUCUCUAUCUAUCUAUCUAUCUAUCUAUCUAUCUCCAUGAGAGUAUUAUAUCGAAUAUUGACUAUUUUAUCUAUCUAUCUAUCUAUCUAUCUAUCUAUCUAUCUAUCUAUCUAUCUAUUAGACCAAUCAAGGCUAUAGACCCUGGCUAUCCUUCUUGUAAGCCAACCAUGGCUAUAAGCUCCACUCCGUCCUUUUCCUGUGCCAAUCAAGGCUAUAGGCUCCCGUCUGUUCUUUUAGACCAGUCAAGACUAUAG